GCCCGGGAAGGCAGCACAGCAACCGACGGCAGUAGCUGUUACGGCUUGACACUUCGCUUCAUCUUACAACCAAGAGGCGGCUGCGCUGUAACUCACACAAAUCUCAAAAUGUCAGCGCACGGUCCAGAAGGCUCUGGCGCAGCUUCAAGCAACAAGCGCUUGCAGCAAACCCAGGCCCAGGUUGAUGAGGUGGUGGAUAUUAUGCGGGUCAAUGUGGACAAAGUGCUGGAACGUGACCAAAAGCUGUCUGAACUGGAUGACAGAGCAGAUGCACUGCAGGCCGGAGCCUCCCAGUUUGAGACCAGUGCUGCCAAGCUGAAAAGGAAGUACUGGUGGAAGAAUUGCAAGAUGUGGGCCAUCCUAAUAGCCGUCAUAGUCUUCAUCAUCAUCAUCAUUAUUAUUUGGACUCAAGUAUAAAACGGGGAAAGGCGGAGUGGAGGAAACAAUGAAGAAGAGGAGAGGAGCAACGUGCAUAAUUGUCUCAGAGGAAGAUGUCACGUGAUUACUAGCUACUGAGCCCCGCAGUAUUCUUCCCCUCCCUCAGCGGGUCUUUAUUCCUUGUCCUGGAUUGCCGUGUUUGUGUGCGUGCAUGUGUGUUUUACACUACAUUACUACAUUAUACCAGACAACUCUAAUCUCUAAUUGGAAUGCCAUGCCACAUGCCAAAGAAAGCAGGAAGACACAUACAGACACAAGCUGGUAAACUUAAACUCAAAUAAAAACCUGUCAAUAAAAACCUAAAAUAUUAUAAAUUAAUCACCAUUGACUAUACUACAAAGCACACUCUCGCCCACACACACAUUCCAACCUCAGGACUAGAAGUGAAGAAUAUUGUUGUAAACUCUCCUAAAUCUCCCAAAAUUAUAUUUACUUUUUUAUGUUUCACUGUAAUAAUAGCCAUUGACUUUGCGUGCCAGGCUAAGCGAAGUGCCUUUGAUGAUAUGUUCUUCUUUGUCAGUUUAGAUUCCAUAAGUAGUACUACAUUUAAUGGAAGACACACACCUUUUCAUAGUAUAAUGCCAAUACUUAGAUUUUCUCCUCAUUUUGUAAAAUGAUUGGGUUUGUAGUUUUGCAAUAGAAAAUGGGAUUCAAUGUCAGAUUGUAUUUAUACAGAUGGUAGAGUGCUUUUUGAGUUCUGCAUAUAACACCGUGAAUUUAGGACUGAGAAAGAGAAAUUUCUUUGGCAACCCAUCAACAAUAAGCUAACCCGCUGUUGGAUCAUCGGGUACUCACUGUACUUGUCCACUACGUUUUGAGGAAGGACUUUGUGCACAGCAUGAACUUGCAUAUAGAUUAAGUGCCUCUGCUAUAAGACCAACAACCUCACCGCCUGAACUAGGCUGAAGAAGCUGUCACACAUUGUAAAAAAAAUCCUGCUACACUGGUUGUUAAAGUGAGUAAUCACCGUGAUGUGCCAGAAAGUUUUCCUCUGUAAAGUAUUCAAGCACAGUGAAGAGCACGCAGUUUAAGACGGAUGCCUCUGUCGUUUUUUCCACUGGAAAACAGCCAUUCCUUAUUGACAGUUUAUACCUGUCAGUUUAAGAGUUGUGCCUUCUCAAUGCUCGGACUGUCUAAACAAAUACUGUGUUGCUUGCGUCAAUCAGCUGAGCUUAUUAAACUUAAAUAAGUCUUCUCUUGAGUCACACUGGCAUUUAUCCCAUCUGGUCAUUACAAAAUACUCCUCACGUGUGAUAUUUAAGUUUUAUUAUCCUUCUAACAAUUGCUGUUUUGUGCCAUCAUCUAUAGGUAGAACUAAUCGUGGUGCUCAGCUCACUCCUGUUGAGCAUCAGGGCUGUUUGAGUGUGGGAAAAAAACACUUAGUUGGGCAACACCAACGCUGGACGAUUACUUUCCCUGCUGUUGCUUCCAUCUUUUUGAAAGAAGUGUGGUUUAAUGAGACAAAUAUUUUGGUAUUGCUUUGUACUUUGAUUUAAAUUUGUGUAGCAUUUCAUCCAAGCAGAACUGUUGAUGUGCUUUUCAGUUUUUUAUUUUUAGAUAUCUAGGUGUAAAUUCUUAUUUGGCAGUCAUAGUGCAUGCAGCAUACUAUAGUAAUUGAAAUUGACACUAGCACAGAUAUCUGCUCUUUGGACAUUUUUAUAGUACACAGAUGUAACUAUUAAGGAAAUCGUAUAAUAUUUUCAAAGGCUACUGAAAAUAAUUUCACACGCCACCUUUUUAUCACAGACAUAUGGGAUUGUCAUCAUCCAAUUUGAGACAAAGUUAUUUCCAAAUAAGUGCAAUUCUACUCUUUGGCCCUGAAUGGCUUUUGCUUGAAUAAAAAAAGAUUUAACUUAAACU